GUUCGGUUUGAAAUUUUAAAAGAACUUGAGCUCGCGCUGGAGCAGUUACUCGGCGUUCAGUUUGAGGAAGGGCCAUUAAACAGCAGCAAAACUAGUUAAAAUAGGUCCAAAACUUAUUUUUUUAUGUUUUUUUUAGGUGUAAUUUAGCAGAAGGAAGUUUAUAGGUUGUGGACUGGCAGGUUAGCGUUUAAAUUGUUGAAUAAUUGAGGAAUAAUUCGACGUUAAAAGGCAAGUCCGACCCACUGAGGUGAAUAAAAUGGCUGCGACGGAGGGACCUCUGAAGGCUUUGUUUGAGAACAAGACCCUGAGCAAGACGAAGAAGGAUGAGAAGCGUCUCUCCGUGGAGCGCAUCUACCAGAAGAAGACGCAGCUGGAGCACAUCCUGCUCCGGCCGGACACCUACAUCGGCUCUGUGGAGCCCGUCACGCAGCAAAUGUGGGUGUUCGAUGAAGUGGUAGGGAUGAACUGCAGGGACGUCACCUUUGUUCCCGGCCUCUACAAGAUCUUCGACGAGAUCCUGGUCAAUGCUGCGGAUAACAAGCAGAGGGACAGCAGCAUGAACUGCAUCAAGAUCACUGUUGACCCAGAGAACACCACCAUCAGCGUCUGGAACAAUGGGAAGGGCAUCCCAGUGGUGGAGCACAAAGUGGAGAAGGUGUUCGUGCCGGCACUCAUCUUCGGCCAGCUCCUCACCUCCAGCAACUACGACGACGACCAGAAGAAGGUCACGGGUGGCCGUAAUGGAUACGGCGCCAAGCUGUGCAACAUCUUCAGCACCAAGUUCACCGUGGAGACGGCGUGCCGCGAGUCCAAGCAGUGCUUCAAACAGACGUGGUACGACAACAUGGGCCGCGCCGGCGAGGCCAAAAUCAAGCCGUUCAGCGGCGACGACUACACCUGCAUCUCCUUCCAGCCCGAUCUGUCCAAAUUCAAGAUGGAGACUCUGGACCGCGACACGGUGGCGCUGCUGACGAGACGUGCGUACGACAUCGCCGGCUCCACCAAAGGCGUCAAGGUGUACCUCAACGGCACCAAGCUGCCCGUGAGCGGGUUCCGCAGCUACGUGGACCUGUACGUGAAGGACCGAACGGACGAGACGGGUUCUCCUCUCACUGUAGUGCACGAGAUGGUGAACCCGCGCUGGGAGGUCUGUCUCACCAUGAGCGAGAAGGGCUUCCAGCAAGUCAGCUUCGUCAACAGCAUCGCCACCACCAAGGGUGGCAGACACACAGACUACGUGGCCGACCAGAUCGUGUCCAAGAUGAUCGAGGUGGUGAAGAAGAAGAACAAAGGCGGCGUGGCAGUCAAGCCCUUCCAGGUGAAGAACCACGUGUGGCUGUUUGUGAACUGCCUGAUCGAGAACCCCAGCUUCGACUCGCAGACCAAAGAGAACAUGACGCUGCAGCAGAAGAGCUUCGGAUCCACCUGUACACUCAGCGAGAAGUUCAUCAAACAGGCGAACGGCUGCGGCAUCGUGGAGAGCGUGAUGAACUGGGUGAAGUUCAAAGCUCAGACUCAGCUCAACAAGAAGUGCUCGGCUGUCAAGCACACCAAGAUCAAGGGCGUGCCCAAACUGGACGACGCCAACGACGCAGGUGGUAAGAACUCGGCCGGCUGCACUCUGAUCCUCACUGAGGGAGAUUCGGCCAAGACCCUGGCCGUGUCUGGACUCGGUGUGGUGGGCCGUGAUCGCUACGGCGUUUUCCCCUUGCGUGGAAAAAUGCUCAAUGUGCGGGAGGCCUCGCACAAACAGAUCAUGGAGAACGCCGAGAUCAAUAACAUCAUCAAGAUCCUGGGUCUGCAGUACAGGAAGAACUACAGCGACCCCGAGUCGCUCAAGACGCUGCGCUACGGCAGGCUCAUGAUCAUGACAGAUCAGGAUCAGGACGGCUCCCACAUCAAAGGGCUUCUCAUCAACUUCAUCCACCACAACUGGCCCUCGCUGCUGCACCACAACUUCCUCGAGGAGUUCAUCACUCCCAUCAUCAAGGCGUCGAAUAAGAAGCAGUCGCUCUCCUUUUAUAGCAUCCCGGAGUUCACCGAGUGGAAAGAGAAGCAGAGCAACCUGAAAUCAUGGAAGAUCAAGUACUACAAAGGUUUGGGUACCAGCACAGCCCAGGAGGCUAAAGAGUAUUUCUCGGACAUGGCGAGACAUCGCAUCCCGUUCAAAUACUCAGGACCUGCCGACGACGAGGCGAUCACCCUUGCCUUUAGUAAGAAGAAAGUGGAAGAGAGAAAGGAGUGGCUCACCAGCUUCAUGAUCAACAGGCGACAGCGCCGGGAGCAUAACCUGCCCGAGGAGUAUCUGUACGGGAAGGAGACCACAUCGCUCACCUACCACGACUUUGUUAACAAGGAGCUGGUGCUUUUCUCCAACUCGGACAACGAGAGAUCCAUCCCGUGUCUGGUGGACGGUCUGAAGCCGGGUCAGAGGAAGGUGGUGUUCUGCUGCCUGAAACGGAACGAUAAGCGUGAGGUGAAAGUGGCCCAGCUCGCCGGUUCUGUGGCCGAGAUGUCGGCUUAUCACCAUGGAGAGACGUCUCUGAUGAUGACCAUCGUGGGUCUGGCACAGAACUUUGUGGGCAGCAACAAUCUGAACCUGCUGCAGCCUCUGGGGCAGUUCGGUACACGCCUUCACGGAGGCAAAGACUCGGCCAGCCCCAGAUACAUCUUCACCAUGCUCAGUCCUCUGGCUCGGCUGCUUUUCCCUGCUGUGGAUGACAACCUACUCAAGUACAACUACGAUGACAACAUGCGCGUGGAGCCCGAGUGGUACGUUCCCAUCAUCCCUCUCGUUCUGGCCAACGGCGCCGACGGCAUCGGUACGGGCUGGGCCAGCCGCCUCCCCAACUACGACGUGCGCGAAAUCGUCAACAACAUCCACCGCAUGCUCGACGGCCACGAGCCUCUGCCCAUGUUGCCUAGUUAUAAGGGCUUUAAAGGAACCAUUGAGGAGCUGACCACCAACCAGUACAUGAACAGCGGUGAGGUGGCCAUCCUCGACUCCACCACCAUCGAGAUCUCAGAGUUGCCUGUAAAAACCUGGACUCAGACGUACAAGGAGAACGUGCUGGAGGUGAUGCUGAACGGCUCUGAUAAGGCGCCCGCUCUGAUCACGGAUUAUAAAGAGUACCACACGGACACCACGGUGCGCUUCGUGGUCAAAAUGACGGAGGAGAGGCUGCGCGAGGCCGAGGCCGCGGGCCUGCACAAAGUCUUCAAGCUCCAGAACCCCCUCACCUGCAACUCCAUGGUGCUGUUUGACCACGUGGGCAGCCUGAAGAAGUACGAGACGGUGCAGGACAUCGUGAAGGACUUCUUCGAGCUGCGUCUGAAGUACUACGUGCUGAGGAAGGACUGGCUGCUCGGCAUGCUGGGAGCCGAAAGCGCCAAGCUCUCCAACCAGGCACGCUUCAUUCUGGAGAAGAUCGAGGGCACGCUCGUCAUUGAGAACAAGCCCAAGAAGGAGCUGAUCCGCAUGCUGCAGCAGAUGGGCUACGACUCGGACCCUGUGAAGGCCUGGAAAGAAUCUCAGGAGAAGGACAUGGAGGAAGAAGCAGGUGACGAAGAUGAGGAGAAAGAAAAAGAGGAAGAGACGUCGGGACCGGACUAUAACUACCUCCUGAGCAUGCCCAUGUGGUUCCUCACUAAAGAGAAGAAAGACGAGCUGUGCAAGCAAAGAGAUGCAAAGAUGAACGAAUUGAGUGUUUUGAAGAGGAAGUCUCCUUCAGAUCUGUGGAGGGAGGAUCUCGCUGCCUUUACUGAGGAGCUGGAGCGUGUGGAGCAGGCCGAGCGAGCCGCCCAGGCCCCAAUCACCCAGGUCAAGGUCAAAGGGGGCAAAUCGAAGGUGGUGAAGAUGAAAGACGAGACCAGGCCCACCCCUCAGGGCCGCCGCGUCAUUCCUCGCAUCACCAGUGCCAUGAAGGACCAGGCCGUCAAAAAGGGCGGAGCCAAGAAGGGCAAAGUCAAGUCUGAGAGCGACGGCAGCGUGGUGAUGAAGAUGGAGUUCGGCGAUGAGGACGCUGAAGCAGGAGACUCUCAUGAGAUGGGACUUGCUGCUCGUCUCACCAAAAAGGUCAAGAAGGAACCCAAGGAGAAAGGUUCUAAGUCAGGGAAGCAGACCACGCUGCAGUUUAAACCUGUCAAGAUGGAGAAGGAGAAGAAGAAGAAGAAGAACCCAUGGUCAUCUGACGAGGACGAGACCGGGGCAGAAGAUUCAGACGUGUCCUCGAGUGCAGGCGAUGUAGCUCCCAGAGAGCGGCUGGGCAGAAAAGCUAACGCCGCUGUUAAGUACUGCCUGUCUGACAGUGAGGAUGAGUCUGGGACCUGGGAGAGUCUGGGUAAACAGAAAGCUCCAGCAGUUGCUGAAGAUGAUGACGAUGACGACAACGAUGACAUUUUUGUCCCAGAACCCCGCGCUAUAUCUGAGAGUGAGCAGGACUCACCUGCCCCGCCUCCACCGAAAAAAACUGUGAAGAAAGCAAAGGAAAGCAAAGAGGCAGUGAAGAGCGCACUCACCUCUGACAGCACUGCUUCUAAACCGCCGCCCAAGCCCAAAGAGAAAGCGGCGAAGAAAGCAGCCGAUGGCGCCGCAAAGAAACCCGCAGCGAAGAAGGCGACCGCUGCCUCCAAAAAGAAAGGAACCGCGACAGAUGUCAAGCAGCCAUCGAUCCUCGACGCGCUGUCCAAACCCACAACCGCUAAAAAGAGCAUGGCCACGAAAAUGGCGACGUCCAGCGAAUCCGAAAACUCCGCCCCCGCACCAGCAGCCAGAAAAGCAGCCGUGCAGAAGAGGAAAGUGGCACUGAGCAGCGACGAGUCAGACAGCGACUCGGAUGGAGGAAACCUCAUGGCCCGCCUCAAAGGCAAAGCCUCAGCUGCAGGAAAGAAAAGUAAGUGGGACGAUGACGACAGCUUUUCUUUGGACUUGACGUCCUCCGCCGUGGCACCGAGAAGCAAAACGGCACGCAACACAAAACCAGUCACCUACAUGCUGGACUCGGACUCGGACGAUGACUUUUAGAGUGUUUCCCUCCACCUCAUGGUACUAGAAUGAAGCUAACGUUGUAAAUAUUUUUAAAAACUUUCAGUUUUAUUUCCUUUUAUAGCCAUUCAGUAUCGCAUUUUGAAACUUCUGAAAAAUUCUAAUAUUUAUGUGGAAGAUUUUUGAAGUGCUCGAGAAACUAUUUGUCUGUUGUCUUGUAAAUAUUUUCUAUUACCUUUUUCUACUAUAUUUUUCAAAAAUAAACUUUGCCUAUGA